AUGCGUGUCCAGAAGACUUUUGCAAAACUGGUGAAUUCAGAACCUUGUUAUACACAAUGGUUUGACCGUGAUAAUCCUUCCGGAAGUGGUGACUAUGAGACAACACCAAAGAUCCAACAAGAAAACCCUGAAAAGAUAUGCUCCAAGCCUAUUUCUUGCGAAGUUCAAACAAUCAAUGGAACUCCGGUGGAUCUCACAACUGAUAAUAUUAAAAUCUGUACUGUCCUCGAUGGAUUUUCUUGCAUAAAUGAACACCAGAAUGGGAAACAGUGUAAAGAUUAUAAAAUACGAUAUAAAUGUCCAGAAGACUUUUGUAAGGAUGAUUCCGAACCUUGUUUUACACAGUGGUUUGAUCGUGAUAAUCCUUCCGGAUCUGGAGACUAUGAGACUGUAAUAGAGAUCAGAGGAGAAUACCCCGAUCAGUUGUGCACCAACCCGAUUUCUUGUGAAGUUCAGACAAUCCAUGGAACUCCAGCGGAACUCACAAGUGAUAACAUUAAAAUGUAA